CCGGGGCCUUAAAUGUGUGUGCCCCUCACCACGUAAACACAGUCUCUUCCUUCCUGACCAGCAGGCCUCUCAGAGACUCUCAGCAGCUGUUCAGGUGGUCGCGAUGGGGAAGAUCGAGUGGGCGAUGUGGGCCAAUGAGCAGGCUCUCGCUUCGGGGCUCAUUCUUCUUGCUGGAGGAGUGGUGGGUGUGGCUGGCCAGUUCAGAGGCUGGGAGUUUGCUGCUUAUGCGGUUGCUGCUGGUGUGUUUGUGUGUCUGCUUGAGUAUCCGAGAGGCAAGAGGGCCAAGGGAACAAGUGUGGAAAGAUCAGGCCAGUAUUGCUUCACAAUAUGUGUAAAAGCCUUUGGACCGCUGACGAGGAACUACUACGUUAGAGCAUUUUUACAUGCAGCUAUCUGUGUUCCUGGAGGUUUUAUGCUUGCAACUGUCCUUGGAUGUGUCUGCCUCGGCAUCGCCAGCCUCAUCUACCUUGCAGCAGCUAUUCGAGGUGAGCACUGGGAGCCCAUUCUUCCACGGAAGGAUGUGCGAAAGCCAGUUCCAGAGAGCAUCAAGAAUCCUCCACAGAAUCCCCCACCAAGGCCUCCGCCAGAGAUGCGCAGGAAACAAGCGAAGGAUCUGGAAUCAGCAGCCUAUGAUAACCCCACCUCUGUUACUGCAGAUGAGUAACCAGUCCAGGGUUUGCCUUUAUCACCGCCCCCCCCCCAUCAAAAAAUGUGGGAGCUCACUGGGUUCUGUGACUGUAGAUUAAGAAAGUUUUCUGAAAUUUUAUUGAUGGCACUGAGGGGGGCAGCACCUUCAUUCAUCUUAAAAUACUGGUAAUAUAAUUCAGUGGAAAAUAAAUGAAGAAAUGUUUGCUUUUUUUUGUUUGUUUUUUUUUACUUUUGAAGAACAAAAAUUGUUACAGAAGGCAAGUGUAAUUCUAUAGCUGCUAGACUGCAACAAAGAACAACUACUGUCACUUUAGAGUAGUGUAUAUUAGUGCUUACUGGUCUGAAGAAGCAUAGGUCACAGCCUACAGCUGCUUUCUGUUAUUUAAGUUAUCAUGCAUAUAUCUAACAAAAGAAUGAAUUGUGUAUGAAACUGUAAGUCCUGUGUGUUUGAAAGCCUUAGAUUACAGUUGUUUAAAGUUUUAUGGUACUAUUUUUCCCUUUCGACAGUAAUUGGACAGAAUUAGCUGUUAGCAGCUGAUAUUUGCCAUUUAUUAUACAUUUUAUGUUGUUAGUCAUAAUUUUGUUGUGUUGUAAAUAAGUCUUUUGAUUCCUUUUGAGUAAUCAGUUUUUUUUCUUUCCUUUAAAUAAAUAUUAAAAGAAAUUACAUUUGCAACUUC